AUGCCUACUGCUCGCUUCGAGCCGUCGACGAUCAAAAACAAAAUCAAGCGCGAGGAGAUCGCAAACAAGCAGAAGAAGGCGAAGGGACAGGAAAAGCUGCAGAGGAGACUCGCACAGGCCAAGGCAGAGGCGAAUGAUCCUCUAGCGAAGAAAAAACGUCUGGCGCAGAAUGUGCCCCGCACGCUCGACAACACUCGCGAGUACGACCCCUCCAUCCUUACCGCCAACCCCAAUUCCGAGGCGGGCCCUUCGACCCUCACGUCUCAAGAUCCUUCUUCCUCUUCGGAUGCUCAAGCUGAGCCGACACAGCAGCCGGAGGACGAGACCGCAGCAGACAUCGCGAACGACCCGUUCGCGGCAUACUUCUCUGGCGCCAUCGACCCGAGUGUCCCUCCCAAGGUUCUCGUCACUACUUCCCCGAAGGCGACUCGGACGACGUCUGACUUCUGCGACGAACUCGUAGGCGUAUUCCCCGGUGCUGAAUUCAUCAGGCGGAAGAAGGGAAAGGGCUUCGAGGUGGGCAGGAUUGCUGGUUGGGCAGCGAACCGUGGCUACAGCCAUCUCAUGGUGGUCAACGAGGAUACGAAAAAAUUGAACGCCAUUACCAUGGUGUACCUACCUAAUGGCCCUACGGCCUACUUCAAGCUCUCGUCAGUAGAGCUCUCACAGAAAAUCUCGGGUCACGCACGCGCGACGUCCCACUACCCUGAGCUUGUCCUGAACGGCUUCGUAACUCGGUUGGGUCACACUGUCGGCCGCCUCUUCCAGACCUUCUUUCCUCCCAUGCCCGAGUUCCAGGGUCGGCAGGUGGUCACCCUCCACAACCAGCGGGACUUCCUAUUUUUCAGGAGACACCGAUAUGCGUUCCGAUCGACAGAGAAGGUCGCUCUGCAGGAAAUCGGGCCCCGAUUCACGCUAAAGUUGCGGUACAUGAAGAAGGGUUUGCCUGCCGUCAAGAACCUGGGCGCGCCGAGCAAACACCUGGAGUUCGACGCGGAGGAGCACGAGCAGGAGAAGCUCGCGCUCAAAGACAUCGAGAUGGGCGAGUCGGCCGCGCAAGAGCAGGACGAGGCAGGGGAGAAGGAGCCGGAGCCGCCGAAGCAGAAGAAGGUGGUCCCUCCAACGGAGGAUGAAUACUUGUGGAUAUGGAAGCCGGAGUUGGAGACUACGAGGCGGACGUUCUUUUUGUAGGCAUCUCUCCACGGCCGGCUAUGUAUCGCAAGCUUUACUUUCGAACGAUACGAUCUCGCCGCCGAGUUUUGCAGUCCAUCCUUGAGGUGCCACCUCCGACAGACUGCUGGCAUAGCGCGAGAACGCACGUUAACGACUAUCGCGGAGCGGUUACACAUCUCUUUGGGACGGACGCCUUGCCCAUCAGACGCCGAGGGCGAGUUUGUGUAGUACAUAC